AUGGCUGGAGACGAUGACGACCUCCUUCCUGCCAAAGGACACCAAGUUACACCCCACAAAGAACUUGCCAGGAUCACAGGGACCCUAGCUCACCUCCUCAUCGCCCAGGCAAGGAUCAGCGAAAGGAGCAACCACGACUUGGAGCAGGAAGCCGCGGCUCUGAGACUUCGAGUGGAGGAAGCCCUACAGCAUCAGGCCCACACCCAGAGUCGUCUAGAUAAGCUACUUCUCGAGACCCAAGACCAGCACGAGAAAGAGAACGCUACAGAUCCAGAACUACAGAAAGAAGUGGAAAGACUUCAAAAUGCCCUGGAGAAUCUUCGUCUGGACACAGACCAAAGAGAACAUUUGGAGAGAGAAACCCGAGAGAGACUCGAGGCAAAGCUCCGACAAGGUGACGCUCUCCUUGAAAGGGCUGAAAUCGAACUGAAAGAAAGAGAUGCUAAAGUGAAGGCCUAUGAAAAUCACCUGGAAAUGGCCCGAGCUGAAAUCCACGACCUUACACAGCGUAAAGACUCUCUAAUAGAUGAACUUGACAUGGUUCACAGAGAACUGAAACAUUCUUAUAGCCUGCAACCUGGAAAAGGGGGUGAAAGCCUGCUUUUCAAAAUGUCACCAGCCAGCCUCCACGAACCCCUGUCAGCAGUGGGGGAAGGAAAACCCUUCCAGAAAGUCCGGGUCACCAGCCACGGACACAUAACUCCAAAAGAACUGGACAAGCUGGCUAGAAACAUCCCUACGUUCAACCCAGAUCCUGCAGGAGGCCACGACAUUCACGCUUAUUUACAAGAUAUAGACUUUCACUUGCAAACUGUCACCAACGUAACCACUUGGGACAAAUUGUACCUGCUCAGAAUUACGUCCAGUCGUGAGGUACGCAGUUUCUUAGACCGUCAACCAGAGACUGUCAAAAUGGACUACCAGCAACUGCGAAAAGCUUUGGUGCGUGAAUUCUCUGAUCCAGAAUCAGACCAAGGGCUAGUAACCGCAAUGGACCUCAAGCAAGGUCGACUUGAAACCCCACCAAAUUUCUACAACCGACUGCGACGUGCCUACUUCGGAGCGAGGAAUGAACCAGGCAUGGAGGAAGACGUCAACUUCCGAACUUUGUUUCUGCGAAACCUCCAUCCUACUGUCAGCCACCAUUUGGGAGUGUUAGCGUGCCCGCGUAGCAUGUCAACGCAACAGUUACGUGAUUUAGCACAUAAGGCCUACACCAAACAAAAGACUGUGUCAGAAAAGACUGUAAAGCACCCAACUAUUUGCUCUGUCUCUGAGUCCCAUUCAGAGUUGACCCUAGAGGGCGCCCAACAGCACCCCAGUUAUACACCCAUCAACCGAGAGUCAAGACCGUUCCAAGCCAGCAGAGGGCAGCGCGGUCGCGGUGGUGGUGCCCGUCCGAAGCACCAGAACGACCGCUCGGGAAUAUCCUGGGACCGGCCUCGCCCCUCCCAUAACCAAAAGGGGGGGGCCACCUGGGAAGCCGGCCGGCGACCCAGAACUAGCCAACCGCCAGCCUCCAGAACACCAAGCCCAGGGAGGCGGGAGGGGGAACACUCUCGACGUGAUACUUGGAAACUCAAGGCUGAGCCCACAUCUAAAAAGGAAAGUGCAGCCACAUCCGAAGCUGCAGAACUUCUGAGAAUACUGAGAGAGUUCCUUCAACAGAAACCUCACAAGGAGGACAAGAAGGAUAAACCAGACACCGCAUGA